AAAGAAGAGAGAAUAUGAUAACGAAGAAGACAACAACGAAGAAGAAGAAGACGACAAGCAAUACCAAAUGAAACUCUAUUUGCCGAGUAAAAAUCGAGUCAAAAGUAUUUAUUAUCCGGUUGACGUUUAAAAAAGUAUUUGCUUCAAGAUCGCUCAAGUUGCGCUGUUUAGCAAUUCGAUGGCGGCACAGGGUGGGAUUGUGUUUCAGGAAAAGGUCAGCCGGAUGCUCUGCAAACAGAAUGGAAAACCUGUACUCAAACCUAACAAACCUCUUGUCCUGAAAGAUUCAGUGACCAAUCGCAAACCCCCAAAAGGAGAGGCCACCUGCAUCACAGAGUUGUCAGUCAUGAUGGCCUGUUGGAAACAGAACAACUUUGUGGAGAGCCUGUGCUCCAAAGAGAUGGGUGAUUUCUACUCCUGUGUUGGAAAAGCUCAGGCUUCAAUGAAGAAUACAUUAGGAGAAACUACUCUUCAAGGACAUCUGAAACCAAAACAAACCAACACCCUGUUGAAGAGAUAUCCCACUCUACGAUUUGAGAUCUAGGAACAUGAUUGAUGUUGAAAAUAAGCCACACUGUUGAGCCUUGUAAUAGUGUUUUAUCAUUUUAAAGUGUCAGUGAUAUUUAUCUUGUGGACCGGAAAUGUGUAAUGUGAAAGUUUGAAAGAAGCUACUCUACUGAGUCCCGUAUAAACUUAAAUAAUGUUAGGGCAUUGUCCAUUAAUAACAUAGAAUAUGUAAUGAAAAUGUUAUUUCAAUA